AUGGGUCCCGCGCUCAGGCUGCCUGCCGUGUUCCAGAAGCCGUUUGUGAGGGUCGGCAUCCAGCUGGGAACGGGGACACUCCUCAUCAUGGCCACCGUCAGCCCUGCCAAGGUCUGGAACGCGCUGUCCCUGGACCCGGUGGUCGCCACCCCCGCCCUCUCCCUGCUGCUGUACUACGUGGGGGGGUUGAUUGCGAUGGGCGCAGGGCUUUCCGUCCUCAGCGUCUGCACGGACAUCCUGCUGUCCUCCACACUGGGCAUCGGGGCGGGGAUGGGCAUCGCCUAUGCAGCGCUGGCCAUCAACGGGGGCAGCACCGACAACACCACCACCCGGGCUGCUGUGGUGUUGUGCCUGUCAGGGGCCUAUGUCAUGGCAGCAACCAUCUUGCGCUUCCGCUUCAAGACGUACAGCCUGUUCUGGCUGAUCAACCUGGUCACCACCGGCCUCUCGGUGGCCGCAAACUACCACACGCUGGCCCCCUACUGGAAAUUCCCGGUGCACUGGCUGUAUUAUACCCUCAUCUGCUGCUCCACAAACCUCCUCGUGGCCAUGCUGGUCCUGCCCCAGACUGCAGGCAACGUCAUACGAGGCUCCCUGGCGGGCGGGUUAGUGAGUCUGGGCCAGACGUUCAUUGUGGCCAUCGAUCAGAUGACGGACGAGAUCGACCCGGAUUCUGGCCUCCUCAAAGCCCGCUCCGGGGACACGCUCACCCGCUUGGGCAUCGACGAGGGUCUGUGGCACAGCUGCAUCUGCAAGCUGUACGCGGCGGCAAGCGUGACCGGCGCGGCCGUGACCAACGUGUGGAAGUGGGAGGCCGCCGCGAAGCUGGAGUGGGACGUGUACCGCCGCCAGCACGUCUUCCCCUCCCGCCACUUUGACCUGGCCACUCUGCUACUGAGGAGCACGCUUUCCAGCUUCAUGAUGGUGGUCUACCCGCUGCAGACGGGGCGCAUGGACUGCCGCCUGACCAGGCAGGUUUAUUUUUGGGGAAAGGGGAGGAGGGGUCCCAAGUUUGGGAGGCAACACGCCGGUCCGUUGCGCACGCUGGCCGCCGCCAUGGCAGCCUGCUGCACGGCCCUGGCGGAGGUGCUGCGGGGCCGCAGCCCGCUGGCGGGCGCCACCCCCGCCCUGCUGCAGAUGGAGUCCGCCUACGUGGCGCUUGUGGACGCGGCGGCCGAGGCCAUGGAGGGCGGCGAGGGGGACCUCUCGGGGCGGGCGGUGUCCUUCAGUAUGCUCAUGGCCACCCUGUACACCGUGUGCACGCGGCUCCGGCGGCUGUACCUGUGCAUGGCCGGCGCGCUGGGGAAGGACGACCCCGGCGCGGGCGCCGCCCUGCACGCCCACUUCCGGCGGGAGGGCAGCGUGCACUGGCACUUCCCCGCCUUCAUGGAGCGCGUGCGGCGGGGUCGUGGCGCGCGCGACGCGACGCCGCUGGCUGUCCUCCGCGACUCGCUGCUGGGAGGCGGCGGGGAGGAGAGUGCGACCCCCCGCUCCACACCCUCCUCCAUGCGCGCCUACCUGGCGGCGCAGCGCCCGGCGCUCAAGGUGCUGCCGCUGGUGGAGAGGCGCCCCUCUGCCUGGCGGCAGGGCCUGGACGCCCUGCGCCGCCGCACCGGGGUCGACACCAACCACCUCGCCCUGGGGCUGCAGGUGGGGACCAGGGCGGCGCAGCGCCGGGCGCUCAAGGUGCUGCCGCUGGUGGAGAGGCGCCCCUCUGCCUGGCGGCAGGGCCUGGACGCCCUGCGCCGCCGCACCGGGGUCGACACCAACCACCUCGCCCUGGGGCUGCAGGGCACCGUGGCUUUCACAGUCAUCAUGGUCAUGACCGUGGUCCCCCACGUGAACGCCAAGUUCGACAACCGCCUGCUCUGGGCGCUCUUCAUCGUGAUCACCAUCCUGGAGCCCAUGACAGGCGGGGUGUGGCUCAAGGGCUCGCAGCGAUUUCUUGGCACGGUGCUGGGCGUAGCCCUGGGUCUGGCUGCCCUGUAUUUCACUUACCUCUGCAACGGGCUGACCUACGCCUCCCACCCGCAGAAGUAUAUCGUCAUGUCCCUGUCUCUGGCCGUGAUAUCUGGGAUCGUCGCCGGGUGUGCCCUACGCUUCCCCCGCUUCUUCUACGGCUUCCUGAUCACCGACAUCAUCCUCGCGGUGGUGGCGCUGCCCGGGUACCACACUCCCACCCCCAUGCCGGAGGUUGCACUGUGGCGCCUGGUCACCACCGUCCUGGGCGUGGCGGUGAACAUGCUGUGCGCCACAGCGCUGUUCCCUGUCACCGGGCGCAGCACCUACUCGGCCCUCAUGGUGGCCACGCUGGAGGGGCUGGGCGGCGUGCUGGACCACGCCUGCCACAGCCUACUCCCACACGGCGACGCCGUCCUUCAGCCGGUGGACCGCAUGCUCUCCCACCCCGGGUCGAGGUACAUGGAGUUGAGCCCGGCAGGGGAGUCCUUCAAGAUGCUUGGGGGGGACUACAUGGACAGCGUGCCCCUGGGCAAGACUGUGGGCCAGAACAUCGGGGCAAUGGCCGCGCUGGACCAGGCCCUGCACUACGAGUACUACCCCUUCAGCAAGGUCAAGCGGUUUCCCUUUGUUGCGGCGGGCAGGGCGCAGAAGUUGUGCCGCCACAUGCUCAAUGUGUCCUCCUCCUUCCUUUCCGCGCUGGACAGCCACGACACACACAGCGCGCCCAUGCUCAUCCCAGUGGCGGCGGAGCUGGAGGAUGUCAUCCAGCAGCUGAAGGCCUGCAUGUCGGCCCUGGCAGGCAUCGUGCAGCAAACAGUCAGCGUAGACAGAGCCGUGGACAUGGUAAUCAAUCUGGAGGACCUGACGCAGCACCUCUUCCUGUCCGUGCUUUCCCAGGGGACCUCCACAGACAGCCGGGCCGGGCCCGACACCAUUCUGGGCGUGACAUUUCUGGCCAUGCUCUUCAACGCCGCCUACGUGGUACGGCUGCUGUGCGUCGCCCUGGUCCAGGCCUUCUCACCCGACGACAUGGAGGCCCUGGCGCAUGCCUCCAUGCUCUCCGACUCGACACGCUGGGCUGUGGACGAGCAGCUGAUGGUGCUGUGCAGUGACAUGAUGGCUGCCGCCCUGUACCCCGACAGCGGCGAGGAGGAGGAGGACAGCGAGGACCCCGCCCCCUUGCAGGGCGAUGCCACCACUGGGUGGGAGGGCGAGCUGGCGUCCGCCAGCCGGCUUAUGCAAGAGGACCCCCCCAUGACGAAAUUCGCCUGGUAG